CGAACAACGAAAGAGUCGUCAACGACAAGCGACAAACACACACCACCAUCAACAACACACACAAAAGCUGCAACCACCACCUUCCAAUACACCCAUCAUGUCCCUUGCCAGAUUUGUGCUUGGCCAGGAUGGCCGUGACCGCGGCCAGAGCGAUCAAACCCGCCAGCUGCAUCAGGAGAAUGUCAUGCGCGCAAACCAGCUGAGUGAUGAGCGCGUCGAGACAAAGCGCAGGAUGCGCCUUGCAGCCGAGAUGCAGCGCGAGGAGGCCAUUGCCCAACAGCUUGAGAUGGAAAAGCAACGCAAAGAGCAGGCCGAGCUCGCCCGGCAGCAGGAGGAGCGGCUGGCGCAGGAGCUGGACUCCAUCCGCCGUGAGAAAAUGCGCGAUGAGAAGCUUCGCCAACAAAUCAGACAGACUGCCCCAGAGCUCAGAGACUUGGAGCGAAAGCUGCAGGCGGCAUAUGUCACGCGGGAGCGCAGCGCACAAAUCACAGAGCGGCAACACAUGACGGCGACAGCGCGGCAGGAGGAUCUCAAGGCCGCGCGAGAGAUUGAGGAGGCCGUCCGCCAGGCAGAACUGGAAGAGCAACAGAAGGAGCGACAGCAGUGGGAGGAGGCGCGCAAGUACCAGGCGGACAUUGAACGGCAGCUCGAGGACCAGGAGCGCCGCAAGGAAGAGGCAUACCAAGAGUUCCUCAAGGAGAAGCUGAUGAUUGACGAGAUUGUGCAGCAAAUCCACCGCGAGGAUGAAGCGGAGGCACAGCGCACUUUCGAGGCAAAGCAACGGACGAAGGAAGAGAUGGAGGAGUUUCUUCGGCAGCGCGACGAGUGGAAUCGCCUUGAGGCCCAGGAGAUGCAGCGCGAAAACGAGGCCAUCCAGCGCUUCGCCGAGGAGAAGCAGAUGGCUGAGCGUGCGCGCAUGCGGGCGCAGCUUGAGCGUGAGGCGGCCAAGGAGAGCGUGCGGCAGCAGCUUGGCAGCGAGCUUGCGCGGCAGCAGCAGGAGAUGGAGGAGAUGGAGGCCAUCCGCAUCGAGCUUGCCGAGGAGGAGCAGCGUGCACGCGAGCGGGCGCGGCAGCGGCAGGAGCUUCAGCGGCGUGUUGAGCAGCAGAUGCAGCUGCGCGCGGCCCAGCAGGAGAGCAUGGCUGAGUUGCAGCGGCGUCGCGAGCGGGAGCAGGCCGAGGAAGAGGAGUUCCGUCGGGCGAUGAUGGAGAAGUUUGCUGCCGAUGACCGCGUGGAGCAGAUGAAUGCACAAAAGCGCCGCAUGCGCGUGCUGCAGCACAAGCGCGACGUGGAGAAACUCAUUCAGGAGCGCAGGCAGCGCAAGGAGUUUGAGCGCCAGCAGGUGCGCAGCCGUGGUGGCGGUGGGACAUCGUUUUCACAAGAUGACGGCACGGGCCAGUGGACAGGCAGCUUCUGGGGCUUGGGGGACAACGUGCGCGCGCGUGAGCUAACUUGCUUGGAGAUGAUGGGGUCUGCCACCCUGCUGGCUCCGCUCCUGCAAGAUAGCAACACGGUUGCGCCAUCUGCGUCAGUCGUGAUGAUCGCUCGUCUGGAGACGACUAUGGCCCUGCACACCACCACGACGCAGUACCAGGCCAUCCGCCGAAGCAUGCGGUUCGCGCCAGCAUUGGUGGAUACGGCCACGACCAUCAUCGCCAGCCAUCGCCAGCAUCGCUACCUGUCCGUCCAUCUGCGCCGCGCCGACUUCCUGCGCGUGCGGUCGGCAAAUAUCCCUCCACUCGCAUCCACGAGGAAACAGAUCCUGGCACUUGCGCGAGCACACGACAUCCGUGCGCUGUUCAUCGCCACAGAUGCACGCAGGGAUGACGAGGAGUAUGACGCGUUUGCAUCCAACCCUCCACUUCCACUUGUUGACACGCCACAGCACAUCAAAUCCACCCUACACCCGGGCCAGCUUGCUGUUGUGCAGCAGAUUGUGUGCGCACGCGCGUUCAUCUUUAUUGGCACAGAAGGAUCCACUUUCACCCGACAGAUACAGGAGGAGAGACAACUGCGGGGCCACCGCUCGAACACGUCGCUUUCGCUCACGUCGCCGCGGCGAGCCACAACAGAGCAAGGCUAAACAACACCCCCAUCUCACCACGCACAACAACAUGCCAAGGCAUGGCAUGUCGCGUAACAAAAAAGAAGCCAACAACAACGGGUGUCUUACCAUCGAUCGACACCCCGUCCACAACCACCACCGCCACCAUCUAUCCCUCUUCCACACGCGCAAACACU